AUGUGGUUCAAUUCAUUGCCUGAUAGAGACAUAAUAACGUUGCAAGAAAUAAGCCAAAAAUUAAGAACACAUUUUUCGUCGGAGGCAUCUAAGUGGCGCAUAAGACAAAACUUAGAACAAAGAAAGCAAAAAGCUGACGAGAGACUUAACGAUUACAUAAGCGACAUUAGGCAACAGUGCAGGAGACUCGAUCUCCCUAGAACAGAAUGGGUUCACCACUUUGUAAAAGGUUUACGACCGGAUAUAAAAGAUUAUGUCGUUCUUCAGCAGCCGGAAACUAUUGAAGCUGCAGAAAAUUUUGCAAAAUUAAAAGAGUCCGUGUCCCCGAGCACCAGCGGUGUCAUAGAUACGAAAGAAAUUUCACAAGAAAUAAUCAAACAACUCAAAUCGCUUAGCUUGACACCUGAAAGUAAACCAGAGGCCACACAAGUCGCAGGAAUUAACGAGAAACCAUACAAUUACUACCCCUCCAGUUCUCCUUAUCAAUCAAAGCAUGAACCAAAAGAGAAGARUCAAAAAACUGAACCAGGUUACACGAAAAGAUUCGUUCCCAAUCCCAGUGAUAUCAGAAGUUCAGAUAGUUUGAGCGGUACUCAGUAUUUUACAACCCUAGAUUUGAAGUCUGGAUAUUUUCAGAUAACUCUGGACCCGUCCACGAAAGAAAAGAGUGCAUUCGUUACGCACAACGGUCUGUUCGAAUUCAAAAGAUUGCCGUUUGGAUUAACAAACUCGCCUGCAACUUUCCAAAGAAUAAUGCAAUACAUACUGAGAGGGUUAGAAUAUAAAUACGCGCUAAUAUACAUAGACGACAUCAUAAUAUUUUCCAAAAGUGUUGAAGAGCACUUGACACAUCUCGAGGAUGUUUUCGAAAGGUUACGUCAAGCUAAUCUCAAACUUAACCCAAACAAGUGUGUUUUCGCCAAACAGCGUCUAGAAUAUCUGGGACAUAUAGUAACGCCACAAGGUAUAUAUCCGGACGAGAAUAAAGUUAAAGCAGUUAAAGAUUUUCCGACUCCAAAUAGUAUUAAGGCAUUAAGAAGCUUCCUCGGAUUGUCUAACUAUUAUAGACGUUUUGUUAAAGACUUUUCUAAGAUUGCAUCUCCGCUCACACAGUUAACAAAGAAAGGAGCUAAGUUUGAAUGGACACAGCCUUGUCAAGAAGCUUUUGACCAGCUGAAACGCGCUUUAACCUCCGCACCUAUUCUGGCGUACCCAGAUUUCGCAAGAGAGUUUCAUCUUUUUGUUGAUGCGAGCUCAACAGCAAUUGGCAUGACACUUUCUCAGAUUUCGAAAAUUUACGGUUCACACUGA